AUGGGGAACGGUGGGUCUAUAGCUGGUGGUCAGACAGCAAUUCCUACACAAGAGACCUAUGUGUGGUACAGAACAUUUAUGAUGGAAUAUCCAUCCGGCUUGCAAACACUACAUGAAUUUAAGACACUUUUGGGUCUGCAGGGUCUGAAUCAAAAGGCCAAUCACCACGUUAAUCAAGUUUAUAAUACCUUUGACAUGAACAAGGAUGGAUUUAUUGACUUUUUUGAGUUUAUCGCUGCUAUAAAUCUAAUCGUGCGAGAAAAAGUGCAGCAAAAAUUAAAAUGGUAUUUUAAGCUGUAUGAUGCUGAUGGAAGUGGUUCUAUUGAUAAAAAUGAACUUCUGGACAUCUUCAUGGCUGUACAAGCCCUCGGUGCCCAGCAAACUCUGAGUCCUGAGGAAUUCACCAACUUGGUGUUUCAUAAGAUUGACAUAAACAAUGAUGGUAAGGGAGCUCCUCCCCUCUGGCUCACUUUCUUUUUUUUUUUUUUUUUUUUUUUUGAGACAGAGAGAACUGACUUUAGAAGAAUUUAUCAAUGGCCUGGAAAAAGAUCAGGAUCUCCUAGAGAUUGUUUACAAGAGCUUCGACCUUUCCAACGUGCUGAAAGCAAUCUGUAA